ACUUCGUAGAAUAUUUUUUUGUUUUCCAGUGUUUUUUUUUCUAGUGUGUGAUUUGUGCAGAGUGCGAUGUACUCGUAGGAUAUGGCCGAACAGCACCGUGAACCGCCCGAACGUGAAUUGGAACAGCAAAUCCUGCUGAUAAAAAAACAGCAGCAACUCCAGCACCAGAUCCUGCUGCAGCAGUUUCAGCGCGAGCAACAGCAUUUGGUGGAGCAACACGAGCAGCAGCUGCGUCAGCAUUUAGAACAAUUUUGGGAAAGACAAAAACAGUUGAAACUCAACGAGAUUAGGCAACGUGAGCAGCUGGAAGUGUUGCGGAAAAAAGAAAAACAUGAGGAAAGCGCGGUGGCCUCGACGGAAGUCAAGCAGAAAUUGCAGUCGUUUUUGCGACAGCGGGCUUCUGGGGGCAAAAUUAGGCCGGACAACUCAUGCUGGUCUGAAGGAAUGGACACAGGCUCAGAGUCCUCAACAACUAACAACGAUUUUCCUUUACGGAAAACAGCAUCCGAACCGAACUUGCUCAAAGUCAAGCUGAAACAGCGCGUGAUGGAACGCCGUUGCAGCCCGAUGAGCAAACGGUUGCCGCCCUCGCUCAAGAAAAAACUGCUCAGUUCGUACCUGCCACCCAGCGAAUCGCCGCCCCAAGAACCGCCCAAGGAGCUCAGUCCGCCUUGCGAGUCCGAGGAGUACCAGCGACAUGCGCUAUUCAGUAGCCCAUCGAUGCCGAACAUCUCCUUGGCCGCCCACCACGUGCUGUCGCCCGAUUUAUCGGAGGCUGCCGUGAGGGCGGCCUGCACUGCCCGGUUAGGAAUGCCCCUCACCGGUCAAAUGCUCCCCGGCACGUUACCCUUCUACCCCUCGUUGCCUCUCAUCGAGAGUGAGCACGAGGAUCAACCCCUGGACACGAUCAGCGAACUCCAGGAACCCCAGGCGCGGGGCGUUAUCCGGCCUUUGGGCAGGACGCAAUCCUCGCCGCUACCUCUAGGCCAUCCGCUGCUGACCGGCCCGCCGCCCCCCGAUCUGCAGCCGCCUCAACCGCAUCCUCAGCAGCCCGCUGAAGAACAGGAGCAAAGAGAUUUAGAACUGAGAGCGACUGAGUCUAGGAGUAUACGACCGCUGUCGAGAGCGCUAAGUUCCCCAGUAGUACACUUAGGACCACCAGGCGAGGGCCCCACGCUGUCGAGGCGGAGGGCCUCAUCGGCCCCCACCACAGGACUCGCUUAUGAUAACCAGAUGCUCAAGCACGCAUGCGUAUGCGGUAACAACGCCAUUCAUCCCGAACACGCUGGAAGAUUACAAAGUAUUUGGUCCAGGUUACUUGAAACUGGUUUAGUAUCCAGAUGUGAUAGGCUCAGACCACGAAAAGCAACGCCCCAGGAAUUACAGACUUGUCAUUCAGAAUCUCAUGUUUUGUUGUAUGGAACCAGUUCGUUAAAUAGGCAUAAAACAGAUAUGAGCAAAUUAAGCACCUUGCCAGUAACCGCCUUCGUCAGACUUUCCUGUGGUGGGAUCGGGGUGGACUCAGAUACAACUUGGAAUGACAUUUACACAGCUCCUGCCGCCAGGAUGGCUGUUGGUUGUACAGUGGAUUUGGCCGUUCGGACCUGGACUGGAGAUAUCAGGAACGGUUUCGCGAUAGUUCGACCGCCUGGACAUCACGCGGAACCUCAACAAGCUAUGGGAUUUUGUUACUUUAAUUCUGUAGGUAUAGCCGCGCGCAUCCUUCAGAGGGAGCACCGCGUUCACAAGAUACUCAUUUUCGAUUGGGACGUUCAUCACGGCAAUGGUACCCAGGAGAUAUUUUACGAUGACCCUAGGGUCCUAGUCAUAUCAAUGCAUCGACACGACGAUGGCAAUUUUUUUCCCGGUACCGGAAGCGUUACCGAAUGCGGGACAGGAGCAGGAGUGGGAUUCAAUGUAAACAUCGCCUGGUCCGGAGGAUUGAAUCCACCUUUAGGAGAUGCCGAAUAUUUGGCUGCAUUUAGAAGUAUCAUCAUGCCAAUAGCUAGGGAAUUUGAUCCCGAUGUUGUGUUAGUUUCUUCCGGUUUCGAUCUUACAGAAGGACAUCCAGAUCCUUUGGGUGGAUACAAAGUGUCUCCAGCAUGUUUUGGAUACAUGACACGUCAACUCAUGUCCCUCGCUCGAGGACGGAUAGUCCUAGCAUUAGAAGGCGGUUAUGAUCUCCCUUCGAUAUGCGAUUCAGCUGAAGAAUGCGUCAGGGUACUUCUUGGCGACCAACCGUCACCAAUAAAUGCGGUGGAGCUAUCGCGCAUUCCUUGCCACAACGCCAUUAUAACCAUGCAAAAGGUGAUCGCCAUACACAACCAGCGAUGGUCUUGCCUACAGGAAGCGGCUAAAAGCGCUAUGUGCUCUUUCAACGACGCUGUCAGGAACGAAAAAGAGGACAAGGAUACUGUCAACGCGAUGGCCAGCUUGUCCAUGCAACAUCCUGUCACUACGAUGUCAAUAUCGCCUAUCGGGUUCCUACAGAAUACCAGUCCUCAAAACGUCAUACGUCCCAGCGCCUGAAGGAAAUACAACCGCCCAGACCUCGUUAUCGGAGUCGAUAUGACAGAAUAAUUCAAAAUGCCGGAGGCAGAAAAAUUCAAGUUUGAUUAUUUCAGGCGUCGGAAGUUGGUUUAACUAAACGUGAGAAGUUGGUGCAAUGAAUUAAUUUUAUUUUGAAAAAAAACCUAGGAAAUUGUUAUGAAAAAUGGGGGAUGUUGAUGUUACAAAUACACAUACAAAAAUUGGUGUUUUUAAAGAUUGUAUCGUCGAACUGUUAAUGGUUUGAUGCCACCGGGCAAGACUUACAUGAAUGAUGGCCUAAAAAAUGUCUGGUUUUGUCAAUUAAGAUUUGAAGUUAUGCCUGCAGCUUAAUUAUUAUGUCCAGUUUGUGUAAAACGUUGUUUGCUAGUAAAUACAUGAUUGAGAUGACAGUUGAAAAACUACCUUUAGAGUAUGGUCUGAUAUUUACCGACUACUAACCUGUAUUUUUUGAUAGCCGUUGAUGAAAAACAAACGUUAUUUGUUGGUUACACUUAGAGUCUCUUCAAUCCUGUGACAGAUUGACAUUUCGAUUUAGGGAUAUCCGUGAAAAAUACCGGUUAUUUUAGCGGAGUUUCUAUAGUCAGGGACUGGAGCAGGACAGGAGUAGAGUUUUUUAGAAGGCUUUUAACUGACAUUUAAGCAUGUUGAACUGUCAGUAAGCGAAAUAAACGAACACUAAAAGAGUCGUUUGGAGUUAAAGGAGUGAAUGGAACUUGGCUAUCUGAACUCACCUUAUAUUGAUAUUUGAAUUAGCAUUUUUCAGGCAACCACGUCCCUUGUUUAACUGGUUUUCACGAAUGUCAAUAUUGGAUAAUGUAACCAUUAUUUCGGUUUAUAUCGGACCAUUAUCAUAUAACGAUUUUGUCACCUUUACCUACGGUGUUGAGUUAUUCAAUCCUGGUAUUUUUUUUAAUUCCUUGUAAUUCACAACAUGUGGUUUUUCUAGCAGUCUGCAGUUUUUUUUAUGGAGUCUGGAAUAAAUAAAACGCCUAUUUAGUAUGACUAGGAAACGUAUAUUGAUAAUAUAGUGGUUAUUACAUAAAGCAUUUUAUGCCGCCAUUUCACAAGUGACAACUGACAGAGUACUUACAUAAAUAUUUCAACUUGGUUAACCGGUCUGGUUUUUAGUUUUUGACUGGUUUGACAUUGGUUCUCGUUUCAAUAAUUGUCAAAUGUCAAAAGAAAAGAUUUGUUUUUGUAUAAUAUGUAUUUGUUUAAAAUAAUUUAUUGAGAUUAAUGAAAUAAUAAAUGGAUAAAGCAGCAGUCUAACCCGAGCGAUGUGGAAGAAUUACGCUGCGGAAAGCUCAGCGUUGCUAUGGAUGCCAAAAUGUAUUUCUUUAAUAUAACAUGGAAACAAAAUGUUAUUGUUUUUUGUUAACUACAACACUUUCUGUAAACAAUUGCCAAACUUCAACCACUUUAACCUCUGAAAAAGAUUUGUUAUUUUUGUCACACAUCUGUCAACCGAUUUUCAAUAAACAAGUUCUGUGUACCAACCAGAUUUUAGGAAUCUGAUAAUUACGAAACAGGAAUUUAGUAACCAGGUUAACCAAGUCGGUAUAUGGAAUAUACUGAGUGACAAUCCAUCUUUAUUAUGACAGUUCACCUACAUGCAAGUUGUGCAGUAAUAUAUUUGGCUUGUUUUAGAAUUUAUUCCGGAAUUCUCUUUUUUAAUGUUGCUGAUUGCAUUUCGAUCCUUUCUGUUGUGAAUUAUCUGAUAUCUUCAAGUUGUUGAAUCACGAUUUUUUUAUUCGGAGAGUUUUGUAGAAUAAAAGUUGAAAAGUUGCUUUGAAAAUUGUAUAUAUAAGAAAACAAUACAUUCCACAAUAAUUGAUAAUUUUAUGCGACGGAAGAUUGUUUUAAGAAUAUUUUACUAUUAUACUUAUCGACUUAGUAAGUACAAAAUGUUUCAGAGAAAAAUUAUAAAUACUCAGUUUUAUAAAAUUAUCAAAAUUGUAAAUCAGAAAAAUAACUGAAUUAUUACAAAUUUUUAAAAUAAUUCACUGUGUGACUGAAUUGGAUACGUAAAGCAUGUUGUUUGUAUGAACAUUUUGAAUUGUCCUAUACAGAUCGUUAAAUUUCUUACGUUUCCUGAUAAAGAUAGAUUAUUUCAGAUGAACAUAAAGUGGAAUUAAUCACGCUUAAAUGUUAAUUCAUAUUCAUAGCACAUCUUGAUGCAUCAUAGUGGUUAAGUUGUUAGUACAUUAAACAAAAGAACAUGGAUUUAAUUCUCAUUGGGAAAUAAGAAAUUUAACAAUCUAUAUGUGCCUUCUAUAAUAAUUAUUCAGAGCGAAAGAUAUUCAUUAAAAUAGGAGUGUUUGAAUUUUGAAUUCCAAAAUGGAAUUUUCGAAAUAAUUGUAAACCCUAUAAGCUCAUUGCCCGGUGGCUCAGUUCGACCAUUGUUCAAAUAAAAAAAAUAAUGUUGAAUUUAUUGUUGUAUAAUUAUUAAAAAAAGAAGUGCAAAUUGAAACUCAACUGUUUUGUAAAGAGAUACAGGAUGCUCAUACUUUCAUAACUAAAUAUAUAUAAAGGAAAAACUUUCGUGUUGAAAUGCAAUUUUAAGUAACACGUUUUUGUGAUUGUGAUAAAUAUUAAAAAUUAAUGAUUAGGGUGUUAUUUUAUUUAAAUAUCAAACGGAUAAUUUUAAACGAAAUUCUGUAAAAAAAAACUUAUUGCUAGGAAUUUGGAGGUUAUUUUCUGUGUUUGGUUCUUUGUUUCUUAUCGAAAGGGCGGAUUAUUUUAGACUAAAUUAAAAACAGUGAUAGGUUAUUAAUUAUUAAACCACAGACCAACCUUGGUUUGGUUUGCUCUGGUUUUACACAAACGUCAAAAUAACAAAUACUGUGCGAUUAGUCUUGCACUUUUGCAGAGGGUGCUUCUACUUUUAUGCAAUUAGUAUCAAAUAAAAGCUGACAGCCUCAUAUUUAACAUUAACUAGGGUUUUCCAUGUUUAGACUCGCUCCAAAAAUGUAGCACCGAAAAUUUUUGUUAUUCUAAUAGCUACGUAAAACUAGAGCAAACCAUAGUUAUAUGGCUAUAUUUUUUUCUAUUUUUCUUCUAUUUUUUUCUCUUAUUUUUCUUUGUUUUUUCUCUUAUUUUUCUAUUUAUUUAUUUAUUUUUUGAGGGCAUCUCUUUACUGCUAUGUAUUUAUAUUCUCAAUCGGUAAUAAUUCAAAAAAGUUACAACCAUAACAACCGCUAGAGACUAUUAUUUUAAAUACUUUUACAGACAUGUGUAAUCUAAUUCUUUUUAUGCCUAGAUGGCCCAGAGUUUACUUUUAUGCUCGUAAUUUAUGGUUCACAGUUCUUAAGUACAAGGAAAUUUACUUUAAAUUAGUUCGUUUGAAAUCCUACAUUUUUUCCAAUUAUGAACAAGCCAGUUUUACUUUCCUAUAACUACUAAGAAAAGUAUAGGAAUCAUAAUUUUCGCCGGAUCUUUACAUUCCGGGGUUCCCUGAAUUCAUUUUGGCCAUUUUUGCGAUGGUUUUCGUUUGUCUGUGUGUAUGUAUCCACGAUAACUCAAAAAAUGGAUAAAGAGAAAAAUACCAAAUUUUAAACUUAAAUGCAUCCUGCGGUGAGCUGAUGAGAUUUUGGACAUAGUCCAAGCAUCCGGGGGAUAUUGUAUUGGAGGGCGUUCUUUAACUUUAAUGUAUGAUUAGAGAAGAAAAUUCAUCGAAUAAGUGUUGUUUUUGAUGCCAUUCUCUAUCAUUUUUGCCAUAUACAUUACUCUAAUGGAAAAAAUUGAGGAAAUGUAAAAUUUGAAUUUUAUCUGUAUUUUCGUUAGCAAUCAAGAUACGUAAAAAUGUUUUGAAUAAAAUGUGUGCAGAAUUUUCAUUUUUAAUUCAUAUUCAAUAUAAUUUUUGAUUAGAUGGGCCGUAUUCAAUAUAUUUGAUAACUUUGCAGGAAAGUUAUUAUGUGUUGGACACAUCAAGUAUUAAAGGAAAAAUAUUCCUGUUCUCAAAUAUGACCAAUUUAAAAAUAAAUAAUAAAGGAAAAAUAGAAAAUCUCAAAGAACGUGACACGGUCUUCGAGAUUUUCUCUUUUUCCUUUAACAUCAGGUAUUUUUUAUUACCCAACGAAAUUAAAAAUAUACCUAAAUCAUAAAUGUUUGAACAAUAUGAGUCGUCCUGUAUUUCGAAUUUGUUUAAAUAGGGUCAACGAUCCUUAAAUAUACGUUGAGGUAAGGGUAAAACCCUUUAUUCAUUUUUAAUCUUGUAAAGAAAAAUUGGAGGAUCUUUGAAGCAUAAUUUUAAAUAAAUAUAUAAUUUUUGUUGUAUAUAAAUGUAAGAUGUGCAAUCGUUUUUCGUUCCUUCCAAUUUUUCUCUAAAAUAAUUAAAAAAAAAAAACAAAAUAAACGGAACAUUCCUGCAUUCACUUCAAGUGAUUGUCUCUUAUUAAAUAAAAUCAAAUUUAUCGUGUGUUUUAUUUUUGUUAAUAUAUUGAACGUUUUUAAUAAAAUCAUUUAUUU